UAAAAGAAACAGAACGAGGCGCGAGUACGCGGCAGACCAAGCUCCUUGCAUUGCCUUACUCGUUUUUGCUGGAUAAAUCUUCCCAAACACAAAUUUGAAAAACCCCAGAAAACGAAGGGAGUGGAAAAAAUGGGGCGCGCAGUUCUCUCUCAAUUUCUCAUGCUUUCCAAUUCCGCUCCUCGCCUCUCAUCUUCACUCAGGUCCUGUGGCGGACUUCGAAGUAAAUACUUGAAAAGACCUGGAUUAGUCCGUCAUAAUCGUGCUAUAAAUGGUGACAAUGGCGCUGGUUUCCGUUGCUGCUGCAGUGUCUCGCUUUCGCAGCCGGCCACUCCGGAGACUUCUUCGAGCUCGGUCAAGCAGAGAAUUGUGUCGGGAGUCCAGCCAACAGGAGCUAUCCACCUUGGGAAUUAUCUUGGUGCCAUAAAGAAUUGGAUUGCCCUUCAGAACUCGUAUGACACUCUCUUUUUCAUUGUGGACCUCCAUGCGAUUACAUUACCAUAUGAUACACGACAAUUAUCUAAGGCAACAAGGAAUACAGCAGCUAUUUAUUUGGCAUGUGGUGUAGACACCUCAAAGGCUUCUGUUUUUGUGCAGUCACAUGUCCGUGCCCAUGUAGAAUUGAUGUGGCUACUGAGUUCUGCCACACCAAUUGGUUGGCUAAACAGAAUGAUUCAGUUUAAAGAGAAAUCUCGCAAGGCGGGAGAUGAAAAUGUUGGGGUUGCUCUAUUGACCUAUCCUGUUCUGAUGGCUUCUGAUAUUCUUUUGUAUCAGUCUGACUUUGUCCCAGUUGGUGAAGAUCAGAAGCAGCAUUUGGAGUUGUCACGUGAGUUGGCUGAGCGUGUUAACUAUUUAUAUGGAGGAAGGAAGUGGAAAAAGCUGGGAGGGCGUGGUGGUGCUAUUUUUAAGGUUCCUGAGCCCCUAAUACCACCAGCUGGAGCACGAGUUAUGUCCCUCAGUGAUGGUCUUUCAAAGAUGUCCAAGUCUGCACCUUCUGAUCAGUCUCGAAUCAAUCUUCUUGACCCUAAAGAUGUGAUAGCAAACAAGAUAAAGCGUUGCAAGACUGACUCUUUCCCAGGCCUGGAAUUUGACAACCCUGAACGUCCUGAGUGCAACAAUCUUCUUUCAAUGUAUCAGAUAAUUUCAAGCAAGACGAAAGAGGAAGUUGCACAAGAAUGCCAAGAUAUGAACUGGGGCUCAUUUAAAACCCUCCUUACAGAUGCAUUGGUUGAUCAUCUGCAUCCUAUCCAGGUCCAUGUUGCUGCUUCAGUGUUGAAACCCCAUUGGUGCCCAGAUGGUAUUAAUGUUCGAUUGGAUUCCAUCUUUGACGGUUCGGUAUGAGGACAUUAUUUCUGAUCCAGCGUAUUUGGAUGGAGUCUUGGCAGAAGGGGCUGAGAAAGCUGCAGCUAUAGCUGAUGCUACUCUCAAUAAUGUCUACCAGGCAAUGGGAUUCUUGUGUAGAUGAGUGAAAUGAUUUGUAUACAAACCAUAACAUGACUUUUAGAUUAUUCACCAUCACCCCCAGAGUUUUUUGGAGUAUAUUCCCAUUAAAAUGUUCCGAAUAAGUGAAAAGUUUUUUAUUUGAAGGUCCACGAAUUCUUUGAUGGAGUUGCCUCUA